AUGGUAAAUUUCUUUACCCUUCCAACCNGUAGGACAGUAGCACUUUUCAGAAUUUUAAGCAAUUUUAUUUUCACUAACUCAGUCACUGGGACUUAUGCUUCUGCUGGUGAACUAAUUUGUUUGUUGCAAUGUUGUGCAUUCUUGGAAGUUGUACAUGGAGCUAUAGGAAUUGUUCCUAGUGGAGCAGUGCUUCCUUUGAUGCAAUGGAGUGGAAGAACUCAUUUUCUGCUUGCAAUUGUUCGUCGAAUUGUUGAGGUCCAAGAAUCACCUUCAGUGUUCAUAACAUUUUUAGCUUGGAGCUUAAGUGAGGUGAUCAGAUACUCACAUUAUGCUUUGAGUUGCAUUGGAAGUCCACCAUACUUUAUCACUUACCUCAGGUACACUGCUUUCAUUCUACUGUAUCCCGUUGGACUAGGACCUGGUGAAAUGUGGCUUAUGUACCAAGCACUUCCGUUCAUAAAAAGGAGAAACCUGUAUGCAGAUACUCUCCCUUUUAGUUAUUGUAACUUUGUUAAGGUUCUGCUUCUGUUUUACCCUUUUCUGUGGCUCAACCUUUAUCUGCACUUGUUUAAGCAACGGCGUUCAAAGCUUGGUAAACAUCAGAAAACAAAGAAGAUAUGAGAGUCGAAAAUUUUUAUUUCUAUUACUUUUAUUUUCAAUUGCUUGUAGAGAAUAAAGGAUGUCAAGUACACCAUGAGAAGUUAAAUUCCUAGCAUUUGACACCUUUCUCCAUCAACAGACUUUCUGCUGGUGAAUUUCCAAAUAUAACUUGUAUGUCUGAAUCUGGAGAACUCUAAGCUUAAAACCUAUUGGAGAAACUUACCAUUUUUCCAAAA